AUGGCCGCCGCAGCUUCCUCCCUCUCGCCUGCGCUCUCUCUCCUCCCUCUCCGCAGCUCUGCCGCCGGCGCCGUGAAACCCAGGACCUCUCUCUCCUUGCAUCCCCUCCAGACCUCAAAUCCGCUAUCCUUUGCUGCCCUCGAGCCGGCUUCUUCCAGGGUUUUCGCGGCCUCGGAGCUCGUCGGGAAAACCACGGAGGACGCCGAACUCUCCGGCACUGAUGUAGAAAUCAAAUUGACAUAAUGAAUUUUUCCGUUGAAUUUUCUCCAACUGCUCUAAUUUCCUUUUCUUUGUGAAGGCCGUAGCGCAGGAGGAUGCCGGGCCCUCUCCUCUUGCUCUUGGGGGUGAUGCAGAGAGCGUAUGUAUUUCUACAUAGUAAUGCGAAGAUAUUAUUUCGUGUUCUCUUAAUUUCUCGUUAUUUUGUGCGGCGUCUGCUACUGCUGUGUCGGAUAUGGAGGUCUGUUUUGGUUUCUCUUGCUCAUCCAAAAUCUUAUUGCUUCAACUCCUAGCUACCUCGGAGAGUUUAUGUUCAUUUAUCCCUAGCUUAUGAUUUGUCCUCUGGAUUCCCGGUAGCAGUGAAAUUAGACUGCUGUUUUGAUGGACUGUGAAUCACAUAGGAAUUAGGACAUCAUCUCUUGAUUUAAUCAAAUUGAGGCUAGGACGUACGGCAUUCAUUUGAAGAUCCUAAGAAAUUUUGAGGAGAGAGCUCAUAAUCUCCACGAACAUUAGAUUAGAGAAUGGAUCUUAAUAUCUCCGUAAAUUUUUCAGAUGUGAACACUCAACCCACUAUUCUUCCCAUGUCAUUCUCUAUUUCUUUUCUGUUGAUGCCGCGUUUUUUCUAUUGGGCAUGCAGUUUGUUCAUGCAUGAAUCUUCAAGAAGAAGGCCUACUUCACAUACAUUUUUAGAUUUAACUUAUAUUAAUCAGUUGCAAGCUACAUAUCUUUGGGAUCCUAAAUGUAAUAACGCUGAAUUAGGAUGAUGAUGAUGAUGACCGUCGUCAUCAUCAUGGGAAAAUUUUCACAUUCACGGAUGCUCACAUUGAGUUUCCUCAAACGUUUUUCUAGGUGGCGAUUGGUUUCCUAGGGUUUAGCAGAGAAGAUAUCUCCCAUAAAUUUCUUCUUUCUUCAGAGGAAAAUUCCUUGAUUUCGAGUUUACGUGUAUCAUCUGUCUUAGGCUCUACUGUUGUUACCUCAUUGAUUUCCUUUUAUCAUUCAAUGCAAAUACCCGAAUUUAUGACCCUGAUUUAGCUUCCAGUUCCCUUAUUACAUUGUGUUCAUAAGCACGUAAUUUAACAAGGUUCCAAGCUGCAAAUAUUUAUUUUAAAAUAAAUACAUUAAUAGAUAUGGGCUUGUGAGUUGGCUGUGUCUCUCACCGUUUUCAUGUCAUCUCGUUGACUUUAAGGAUGCAGUCUGUUUAUUUGUUUGUUUGUUUUAAUUAAAGGGUUUAAAAAAUAUAUGGCGUAGUUAUCAUAUCAUCGGAAAGCCAUCUGUUGAUAUCAUUAUAUUUCUUUGUAAAAUAUUCCCUCAGCUUUUUGCAGAUUUAGAAUUAGAGGGUGAAUGAGAGGUAAGAUUUCAGAAUUAGGGUAAAAUGGAGCAUCUGUUGGUAUUGGCUAGCCGAGGGUUUGUUGCCCUUGUUGGAUCCGGGCCAGAUAUCACUGUUCAUGAUUUUAUAUCAUUUCCUUGCUCGUAAGCAUCUUAACCAACAUAUUAUUAUUGUUAUUAUUAUUAAUUAUUAUUAUUCCCUCUCUUUUGGGAUCCAUGAUUAUCAAACUAUUAUUGUUCUUGGUUCAUCAUCAAAAGUCACCUUUAAUUGUAAAAAUUUCCCUUCUCGCCGUACUUUAUCUUGCCCUUGCUGGAUGGAGGCCAGAUAUCACUGUUCGUGAUUUUAUAACAUUUCCUUGCUUGUAACCAUCUUAACCAACAUAUUAUUAUUAUUAUUAUUAUUAUUAUUAUUAUUAUUAUUAUUAUUAUUAUUAUUUCCCUCUCAUUUGGGAUGCAUGAUUAUCAAACUAUUAUUGUUCUUGUUUCAUCAUCAAAAGCCAUCUUUAAUUAGUAGAAAAUUCCCUUCUCGCUGUACUUUAUCUUUACCUUGGGAUCAGAGAGCAGCCAUUCUGAUCUCAUCCUCCAGCUCUCACUUCGCAUUCCAAAAAAAAAAAAAAAGUAUUAUUCACCAUUAAUCAUUAAAAAUAAUAUUAUUUAAAAAUAAAAUAAAAAACGUUCCCUUGCUGUCAUUACACUCUGUUGAUCUUCUUGGAUUGGAUCAGAUGGCGCCGAAGCAGAAGAUCCGGAUCAAGCUGAGGUCGUACUGGGUACCUCUGAUAGAGGACUCCUGCAAGCAGAUCUUGGACGCGGCCCGGAACACGAAUGCCAAGACCAUGGGGCCCGUCCCUCUCCCCACCAAGAAGCGGAUCUACUGCGUCCUCAAGUCCCCCCACGUCCACAAGGACGCCCGCUUCCACUUCGAGAUCCGGACCCACCAGCGGCUCAUCGAGAUCCUCUACCCAACUGCCCAGACCAUUGAUUCCCUCAUGCAGCUUGAUCUCCCCGCCGGCGUUGACGUUGAAGUCAAGCUCUGA